GUCUAUAGAUCCGCCCUGGCAUCAAUAUUACAACACGAUGGCCUAUCUAUUCGACUUUCCAAAAAGUCAAGUUCAAUGAGAGUUAUCCGUCUUGAGUUGGAACUCUUUAAUUGGUUGGAUGAACAUCCGCCGAGUACUGUCAACUUCCGUCGAAAAUAGCCCGCUGCUUCGAAGCUGUCAAAAUGGGGAAGCAAUACUGCUGUAUUUGUAGCAAUUUUAGGGGAAAGAUAGUCGGUGAAAGAAUAGUAUCUCUACACGUCAUUCCAGUAAGCAAGUCCCUACGACAAGCGUGGAUAAGGCGACUUCGGUUAGUGAGAAAAGACCUCACAGUGACCAAGCACACGGAAAUAUGCUCAGAACAUUUCGUGGGUGGUAACGGUCCAGGCACAGGGCAUGAUGUUCCAUCGAUUUUUCCGAAGAAAAAUUACAGUACUUGCACAGUGUCUGAUGCUGACUUUGUUGAUACCCCUAAGCCAAAUGAAAGCCCAUUCAAGCAGGCCUGUGACCCUGAAUCUCCCAAAGUGACUUUGCAGAUACAUGGAGGGACUCCUCAGUCUGAUGAAAUUGAACAUAAUUCCACAACAUUCAGUCAAGGUGCCAGAUCCUAUGACGUUGCAUCAAUUAUGCUGCAUGACUACUGUGAGGCUGUGUGUGAAGACGACAUCAGUUGCAUAAGAUAUGGAUCAUCGCAAACAGAAAUGGUGGAAGUUAGAAGCAUGUCUACCUAAACUGACGAUGUAAUGUUCCAGUGUUUGAAUCCUGUGAAAACAUACUGUGCAAUGACUCAGACUGAGACUGAAAAUAAAAAAGUCUUUCGCAAUCAAGCCACUCAAGUCAUACUUCCUGAUUUAACAUUUUUUGAUGUGAAGAAUGAUUCAGAAUUGGUAACCUAUUAUACAGGUCUUGUGGAUGCAGUAAAGUUUUCAUGUUUAUUUGACGAGUUUUCUGAGGUUCAUGACAGGGACUAUCCAACAUCCAAUAUCGGACGCCCUAAAUCUUUGUCUUUGAUAGACGAGUUCUUUCUAGUGUUGAUGCGUCUUAGACUUGGACUCCUGGUUGUUGAUUUAUCAAAGCGAUUUCAUAUUUCCAGAAGCUGCUGUGCUGAUGUCAUUAAUAGAUGGAUUGAAUCAUGGCGGAUAAGGGAUUUACAAUCUCUGACUUGACAACACCAAAAGGUAUACUCCUAAUAAUUCCACCAAAGAAACAUAAGAGAAAACAGCUGACUGCUGUAGAAAUUGAACAAACUAGGAGAAUAGCGAACUUGAGAAUCCAUGUUGAAAGGCACAUGGAACGUUUCAAGAAUUUCAGAAUUUUGCAGGGUAUAAUUCCAAUUACAAUUUCAAAAUCUGUAAACAAAAUCUGGAAAAUCUGUAAUGCUUUGACUUCUCUGCUUCCCCCUCUUUAUCCUCAUGACCAAGAAAUUGAUGACAAUUACUUCUUUGAUGACAGUUCCUUGCUUGCUCUGUAAUUAGUAGGAUGAGCAUAAUCUUAUUGCAGCUCCAGAUGUGAAUGGUCACAUGAUAUUUUCUGCUAUAUUUAAACUUAAUAAUCAUGGUAUCAUGAUAACAAUUUUGUAUUGAAAACAUUGAGCCAAAUAAGUCUAGACAAAUAAGUCUAUUUUUGUCCAAUAUGACUAUUGACAUGACCACCUACUGGUUGUCUAUUUUUGUUUUACUUAUUGAAUCAAAGCAUUGAUAUAAAAAUCCUGACUCUUCAUAUAAGUAGAUAAACAAUUUCAUGUUUUAGCUGUGACAGCAGGAUCAUAGUCCCAUGGUUCUAAUUUUUGUAACAAUAAC